UCUGAGAAGGAAAGUUUCCACUCUUCGUACAUACUUAAAAAAAGAAUUUUAUGUAUUCAUUCAGACAUAUAUUUUAUUAGUAUAUAGUAUACGUAUAAGAUCAUUUUGCAAUAAAACAACACAUUAUUUAGGACUGCAUGGUACGAAUACUGCAACAGUUUUAUUUGUAAUGUAAUUCAUAGACCAAAUACUAUUAGACAAAAUAUUGUAAGUAGCAUUUUGUAGAACAGUGCUGAAAAAGAAAUCCUUAUUACACUUACUUCAUAAUGUAUUUCUUUGGAUGUCUACAGACUCUACAGUCACUCUACAGUCACUCUAUAUGCAGUUAUACGAACAAACAUAACAACGUUGGCAAGAAGACGAACACCUUAGUUGUCUAAUGGAGAUCCUAUAUCUUGUAGUCCUAUCAUUACGCAGCUAACUAGAGCUCUUAAUAUAGCCAAAAGUAAGUAACUGGGACGAAUUUCACAGAAUAAUCAUAAGAACUGAUAAUGUCAGAGUGGAGGAAGAAUUACAAAAGAACGUUCCAUUCUCUAUCUUCAUUUUCUGCGCAGCCAAUCAUGCCAGGGGGCCUGGUAACGAUAAACGAUACAGUGGUUGUGUGGACUUGGUAACAAAGCAAUUUAAACCUAAAACUAAGAUUUACUAUCGACUUUAGAGAGGAUAUUUCAUUUAUGAUUCGUGAUAUUGAAGAAUUAAAAUAUGGACAGUUUAAAUGAUGGAUAAUGACGAAGAAGAGUCAGAAGUUAGCUCCAUUAUUUCAUUGCGAAGUCUGGAUGAUAUUUCCGAAGUAAAGCCCACACGUUUAAAGAAGUCAAAAAUACGAGGUCAUUCUCCAUAUGUGACACAAUCCUACAACAAUACAACAAAAGCUUAUCGAAAGACUGGUCAUGAAGCUUGGUCCUUAGCCAUAAGAAAUGGUUUCACAGGUCUUAGCUCCGAGAAUUCUCCUGCAAACCGUGUAGUGCCUCAACGAGUUCAACGCAAAACUAAAAGUCAUGCUACAACCUCCAAUGGUCCAUUUUCUCGAGAUGAACAUGUGUUGGCUAGUGGAAAGCCAGCGUACAAAUCUCAAGAGGAUUACUAUGAUGAAAUUUUGGAACUGAGGCAAGUAAUUAAAGAUCUCAAAUCAGAAAAUGGAAUAAUGAAAACAAAGCUGCAGCGAGUUUUGCAAGAGAAUCUGCAAAAGGAUCGUGAAAUAAAAGAUUAUCUCAAUCCUAGCAAGCAGUCAGAAGAAAUGAGGAGAACUCUGUCAGAUAAAAAUGUUGAAUCAAGUUCUGUCAUUUCAAGUUUGAAACAAAAGUUACAUCUUAUGCAACGCAAUCUUAAAGACAAAGAAAAUGAACUGAGAAAACUAAAGAACGAUCUUAAGACGACAAAUGUUGAUGAACUUCACAUUCAAAUGGAAACAUAUUAUGAAGAGACACGAAGAUUACAGCAACUUUUAUCCAGCGUAUAUUCUCAAGGGCCUGGCACUAGGAAUAUUCCUGAUACGAGAUCUUCGAGUAAGAGAAAUACUUCAAGUAAGAAAAAUACUUCACAUAUCGGUGGCAUAAGGAGGAAUGAGAAGACACAGCAAGAUACUUCAUCUAGCAGAGACAUUAGGAUGGACGACGAAGCACAGCUUGAUAUAUUAAAAGAUAGAAAUCAAAUAUUAGAGAAUGAAAACAGAAGUUUAAAGAAAGAUUUACUAGUCGCUAUUCAUGGACAAAUAAACAAAGAAAAUGUGGAUUAUGCGGACAUGAAUCGCGUGCAAAUGUUGAAGAAAAUCAAUGAACUUGAAAAGCUAGUUGAAAAUACUACAAAAAAUGAUCGUGAAAAAGACCAUCCAGGCAAUGACGUGGAGAUUGAAUUAAAGAAACAACGCGAUAUAAUCAUGAAUCUUAAAAAAGAUAGGACGCAAUAUCAUAAAGAGGUUGACGAACUAAGAGUUCAACUAGAGGUUGCGGAAAAAGAGAUUUCACAGCUCAAGAAAACGUUGAAAAACAAAAACGAACGGUAUGAAAAAAACCUUCUAGAAUUGACGAAGGAAAUUCAAAGAAAUUCAUCCGUGAGAAAAGAAAAUAAAUUUGUUUCUACAUCAUCUCCACCAAGACAAACUUUAAAAAAUACAACAGGUUCCUUCACAAAGAAAGUUGGUUCUCAUAAAGAUGUAGAAAAGGAUCAAAAACAAAAGUUCAAGACAUCUUCAAGAAGAUAAGGCAGCAAGACUUUUACAAAGAAAUUGGAGAAAUUAUCAUAAACAAAGAAAAUUACCGGACAAUUACAACGACAUUGUUGGCAUUCAGUCUGUGUUACGUGGUCAUGUUGUUCGUCGUCAGCGUAUUCAGUUGCUUAGCGACCAUAAUGAUGAAUAUCUCGGACGGGAUGAUGCGCUGACUAGGGUCCAGUCUGCUCUACGUGGUCAUCAUGCGAGACAGCGAUACUUAAGGGAUGCGGCAAAGCAAAAAUCGACUAAUUUUCACGCUGAUGAGUCUGUCGUUGAGGAAAAAGUUGAAAAAAGAAGAUUGCUUAAACAAAUAUCAUUUUUAAAAAAAUUCCAAACAGUUAAACAUAGUUCAGAAAGUACAAAUGUACAUCGGUCAGCGGUCAGUACAACCGGAAGUAUCGAUGACAGUGACGAUGAUGAUGUCAUCAUCGGUGGAUAUCGUAAAGACCUCAAAAUCGUUUCCAGUCUUAAGGAUAAAGAUGAUGUUUUGGAACAGGACACUUCCAGGAGAAAUAAUGUUGAACAAUUACAACACGAAAGUAAAGCAUUUGAAAGGAAUGAUUUUACUGCUAGUGAUGAAAAUGAUGUUCAGGUUACAAAGAGAUUUGGUAAACCAGUUGUUAAAGAACAUGAAAGAGAGACCAUUCCGUUGCCAUAAAGUCAAAAAGUGAACGAAAUACAGACGAAGAAAAGAGACCAAAAUUUUCUGAUCUUAAUCUAGAUGGCGAACAUUCAACUCUUUUGGAUGAUUUUUUUUCAUCUUCACGCCAAAAACCUCAGGGUUCCAUUGUCCAAUAUGAAAAUGUUGAUGAAAAGAUGGAAAAUAAUUUGGGGAACGAAGACAAUAUGAACAAAGGAGACGAAGUGGCCAUGGAUGAAGAAAAACCAAAGAAAUCGUUGUUUUCUUCGGGAGGAAUGAGACGAAAGUCAAACAAAAACACUCCAGUUCCUCCUCCACGAACAAAGAAACCCUCCUCUUCUGUUAAGAAAAACAAUGUAACCAAGCCUACUGACGUUUCGUCAUCACCACCUUCAAAAACCACAGUGGACGACGAUGAUGAUGAUGAUGAUGACGUCAUCAUGACUCCGAAGAGGUCACGGAACAAUCCGACAAAGACUUCUUCACUGUUAGAUGAACUGUUUUGAAUUGAUCUCCAAGGUACCACAAAGAUGUUCAAGGUACAUUGGUAUACUUGUAUGUUGCUUAUCCACCUGGAUCCUUUGAUAUUCCAUUUCAUUUAAUAUCGUACCUGGCAAUUUAUUUUUUUUCAUAACUUUAUUUAUUGUACCGUAUCUUAGAUGACGUGUUAGGUAGGUGUAAUUUAUUUUUCUUUCAUGUAUAUAACGUGUUUGCAUUAGCCUGUGCAAAACGAUCUGAGCUCAAAUCAAUCAAUCAAAGAGAAUUUUCAAUACAAUCACGAAUACAUUUUACAGGAAAAUUGAAGCGUCGAUUUGAAAUUUGUUUCUUUUGCAUUAUUGUGAUUUAUAAAAGAAAUAAUAUAUAAUGACAUAGAAAGAGGAUGCGUUUGAAAGGUUUUAAUUAAAAAAAAUCGUCCAUAAUUGUUACAGUUUUAAUGUCUAAUUUACAGAUGGUUUUAUACCAAUAAGCAUAAUUGUUGAUAAAUACUAUCUAACAUUUUACCAAAUAAAAAUAAAGAAUUGGUCAUUUUAAAUAAA